AUGAGUUCCACUUCUUUGCUUGUAAGCUGGACCUUGACAGAGAAAAAUGGUAUAAUAAUUUUCUAUCAAAUCAGCUACUAUCCUGUUGCAGACGAGUUAAAUAAAUACCUCUUGAACACUACUGAAAGCAGCAUCGCCAUCACUGGACUUACUAUAGGAAUAGAAUACUACAUCAAGGUUCGAGCAGCUACAAAACGUGGUUUAGGACGUAUCAGUAGUAAAAAAGUCACCAUGAAUCAAGCGAGAAACAUUCUUCCAGUAUCCGAUUUUUAUCCAAAGCUUGUGUUAGAGUAUAAAGACUUUUUCGUCAUUGUCUGCGCCUCUUUUCAAAACUCGAAGAGUGYCAGAUUUGUUUUUCUUCUUGAAGAAGCAAACAGCAACCAAGGUGGUGAUGACAGAACAUCGGCURAUGUUACUGUUCCUGUCCUUGCGUCAAUGCUCGCUGUGGCUCUUUUGGUUGUUGCUGUCCUUAUUGUGGUAUAUAUACUGCGAAGAARAGGACUCAUAAUGAGACAAAGCCACUCUGAAGAGAAAGAAAGAAAUGCUCCUGUUUGCAAGGUAUACGACCAAGCAAUUAUUCUUGGUGAUUUCACCGGAGAAACCACUGAUAAUCUUUAUGCUUUCGUCCUUGAUGAAAMCUUAUGGGAAGUACCAAGAAMAAACCUAUCAGUUAUCAAKASACUUGGUAGUGGAAACUUUGGWUGUGUUGAUAAAGCAACGGCUAUUGGGUUGGAGGGAURCCCUGGASAGGUGACAGUUGCUGUGAAGACUCUCAAAMAGAAUGUAGCAGAAAAGGAUAAAGAAGAUUUCUUCACCGAGCUUCGAUUGAUGAUGAGACUUGAACCCCACCCUCAUGUUGUUAAACUAUUAGGGUGCUGCACGAAGUCCGAUGGCCCAAUGUGCAUUAUUCUUGAAUAUUUGCCCUAUGGCGAUCUCCUUGGCUACUUAUGGCGAUCACGUGGUCAUGAAGAUACCUACUGCUCGGGAGAUCUUCGUCCAGAGACAAAGUUGGCAUCACGUGAUUUGUUGAAGUUCGCCUGGAUGAUAGCUGAUGGAAUGAGUUUCUUAGCGAAAAAUAAGUGUGUUCAUCGUGAUCUUGCUGCUCGUAAUGUUCUUGUUGGUGAAAAUAAAAUCUGCAAGAUAUCAGAUCUUGGACUUGCAAGGAGAAUCAGAGAGGACGUCUACUCCAGAUCAAAAGCAGUAAGUGAUUCUCCUUAUCCUAAACACAAUGGGAAAGACAUACCAAGACUGCUGCAACAAGGAUACAGAAUGCCAAAGCCACUCCACCUAUCAGAGAAUUUAUACUCGUUGAUGCUAAAUUGCUGGCAAGACAAACCCGAGGACAGACCUUCUUUUAGAGCAAUAUGUGAUGAAAUCGACACAUACGACAAAAGCACCAAGGAUUAUAUCAACCUUGACGUGUUUGAAGAUGGUUUGUACGUCAACUUCGACAUUCUUUAGUGUCAAAUAGCGGCAACAUGAAGAUUUGAUAGAAUGCUUAGGAUAGUCUUUUGAGAUAUCAUUGUUUCCACGUCGACGUCAAAAAUUAAUAUUACGAACUAUUCAGCAUUGCAACUGUACAUUAUG